UAUACAGGUUCCUAAGCUUUGGUAAUGGAAGAUGUAAGCAGGGUAUAGCAAUGUAUACGCGCGAUUGUACCGGCCGUCGACCUCUGCGUAGUUUGAGGCGUCAAGCGGCCGGGGUUAAUUCAUCAGAAGGUGCGGCUUUCUGCGAUAUACAGCACGAUUCUGAAAGCAUAGAUGUCGACGAAGUUAUAUUCUGCGUCUUGGACAGUCUAGUGGAUGGAAGCGCGGAGACUGAGUGCGCAGCCACCAGUGCCGUACUCAGCUUUGCAAGGUCGCAGCCGAAUUUCACUAUCCGUGCCAUUCUACACUUCAUUGAGGUACAGAAGACAACUGAGCUACACCAGAGGCAGCUGUUGUCACUACUGCGCAAGUGCAUUACUGAAUGCCAUGCGACAAUACCAACCACUGUGAUGCGAGAUGUACUGCUCUUCAUGCUGAAGGAGUUGAAUUUUUUGAGUUCUGGCGACUUGAGGCAGUCGGUGAUCAUAGAUGCCGUCAAUGAAACGGCGGUACUAUGCCCGGCAUUCUCCGUUGACGUCAUACUGGCAUUUAUACGAGAUAUGCGCCAGGAAGACCAGGGUGUAACAGACACCUUAUGCAUAUACAUCCGGGUACUGGCACACGUAUACUCACAUGCCGCCACCAAUGAUUAUAUACGUGGCGUAGAAGUGAUUGGGCAGAUUUUUUCGCUUUACGAUGACGCAACGUUGAGUGUAGAAACUGGCGAGCUCUGCCAUAACCUAGCGUCCCUGAUGUAUACAUUAUCCAGGGCUUUGUAUCCGAUAAAGGGCGUGACGUAUACUUCGUUUGAUAUUAAUGACAUACGGUUGUACGACGCUUUGGCAUUGGAAAACCCCUGCUUCCGGAGAUUUGUACAUUGGCACCGAAGGUACCUGUUAAACAAACCAUGCAUAGGCUCACAGCAGGCGGAGAUACAACAUUUCAGCAGCUUGAAUACCACCACAGUUGGAGCUGAUAGUGACAUUGUGUGGUCAGCUCGAUCCCGUGAAUCUAUAUCGCAGUCAUCAGGACGUCGACAGGUGGUAAGGACGCUGUUGGAUGAUUCCUAUAAUAGAAGCUCUCAGUCAUCUAACCAGAGGUCAGUAUCGCAGAUAGAACACACGGAUUACCUAUCUAAUCGCCUGGAUGAUACUGCGGAUAUGCGGACUCCACCAGCAGUACUUAGCAGUGGAUACAAUACCCGGUACAACUCACUCGUAAACGAAUCCACCACACGAAACCAUUGCGGUAGACCGCGGCCGUUCCACAGAUCAGCCAGCGUAAUUUUAACAGAACCUUUGGGAAAUAAGAGCGAUCCAUUGCUUGUACACCAUGGACUCGCUACUCUUCCAUUGAAGCCAUACCACUCGGUUGACAGAAUUUAUGACCCAUUGCCCAUAAUAGGUUUGGAUACGAUUUCACGUGAUAUUUUAGGCAGCGCGGGAACUCACCAUGGCAGCUACAUGGCAGGGUUAGAGGCUAAUAACCACGAACCUGCCACAACGCCGAUACCGCAAUUCACUGGGAAACAUUGGAACACGGAUGACAGUAGUUCCAACCCGUACACCACAGCUUCACCUAUAUGCCCUUCGGUUAAAUCUGGCUUUGGGAAUGUAGUUAAUUUCCAAGAAGUGUUAGAGCCGAUAUUUUCCUUGCUAAUAGACAGAGCAUUGCUGUCGUUAUACACGCAUCCGCAUUACAAUGCCACAUGCCUAGAGACUCUGUUUUCUUUGUCACUGCUAGCGAAACACGUGUCGGACCCUGUGUUGACAGGCUAUGGCGCUAGGCUACUGGAUGCCAUUAUCGUCAAAUUCCACCACUACCUGCCAAACCUAGGGUACCAUGCGGCACAUAGCUCACGUAGUGCGUGGAUGGCGCUACACAAGGAGCACAGUGACACUUACCGCAACAAGAUAGCCACUAUAUUCAUAUCGAUAGGUGCAUACGGGGAUAAGGUGACGAUGCUACCGCCAGCGAUGCUGGCAGUUGCCCUGAUCAAGCUCUGUAAAGUCCUAGUUGCCAGGCAUGCAUAUACCAUUGUGACGCAGCUGCCAAAUGUAUGCGAAGUGCUGUUUGGUAUGGUCUACGGACUACACGCCUGCGGUAAAGGAGGGCUUCUGGUAUCUUGCGAUAGCAGCGUUGUCGCUUUCUCCGAUAAUGACGAAGUUCUCUUGCAGGGAUGCACAGUGACUGAAUACCUUGAUAUCAGUUCACAAGCCAGCUGCAAGCAUUUUUUGCGCACUAUUGUGAGCCUAUGCAGAUUCCUAGCAGCAACACCGGUUACGCAGUGUUACUUCUUUGACUUUUUAUUCCGAAAGAUAAGAUCAACUGUAGAUCGUGAUGUCUCAGCGGCCAUAUUCAUGCUCGCUUGGGCAUGCUCCGUGAAACAGAUAAGGGAUUCGCUGGACAUGCCAGGUCAUUAUGCAGUGGCCUGUAGCGGGCCUAUAUUCUGGCGGUUAAUAGAGACGGUGCACAUGCUGCUAGGACGUAUGACAGUCGAGAGUGCCAACCCGCUGGUGCUGAGGUUAAUAGUCACGCUGAUCAAUCACAUAUCUAGAGGCCAGUGGAUGCUACUACACUGUUUAUCGGGAUAUAGGCCUGCCAGCAACUACAGCCAGGAGUUUUACCCCGAGUCCUGUGAAAUGCGAGUUACGAGGCCAGUACACGCACUCAUAGAUUUCGUAUUCAGCCUUAAGGUGUUGUACGAUUUGGAAAAGCGAGUGGCGGAGAAUAAUUUGGUCACCAAAGGAGCUAACCCCAAGCUUACACUGGAGUUCUUCCGGAAGAUAUACUGCGGCCACCAUAGUUCAAACUACGAUUUGGGGCUCCUGGUCGUCGGUAGCAGAAGCUUCCAGAGAUUCCUGCUGAGGUAUAGUGGUGACCCUAUUCUGGCAUACCUCGUCCAAAUUGUGCUGACCAAUUCCAAAAUGAGUGUUUUCACAGCACUUAGGGGAUUGUGCUCCUUGAUGACCAGGGUUGAGCCUAGUGUAGACCUGCUGUCAAAGUGCUCGAAGCAUGCCGUAACCAGGCUUUUAGCGUUUGUACUGGUGUAUAUGCACGACCCCGUGAACUACUUUGGCGAAGCGCAUGCUGCCUCAGUAUUACUCCCAUAUAUUACAAAGGCUUUAUACGGACAAAGUGUCGUAUUUGGCGGUACUACGAAAAUAACUAGGGGAGAUUAUCGCGGUAUUGAUAGCUACAUCAUUAUCAACGAACGAAGCGAGUUCUACGGUUACCUGAGUGGCAACGACCAUAUAGUACACCACUUUGAAAAGAUGGGCUCCAUAUUAACCCGAAUCCACCAUUUGGGUAUACAUGCUGGCGUACUGGAUCUAGUGCAACAGUUGUUGAAAAUAUGCCAAACACUGAAACCACCACCGAGUUCAUACAGUUCUUUGCUCAAAUUGGGUAAUGUGCAGUCGUCAAGCCAGCUUAGCCCGUAUCAUGCCAUGGGCAUUCUACAUGUAAUGGCAGUUUGUAGUACCACUUACCGCGAUAUGUGCUCAGGGGUAAUGGAUAUACUAUUGGGAUACAAAGGCCCUAGCGCGCCGUUGACCAAGGAUCACGACGAUCAAGCUGAACACAGCCUGUCACCAAUAAUACCCGUGAUGACACGUUUGGCACCGCUCAUAUUUAACGUCACGGAGUCCGCGAAGUACACAAUGCAGCAGCUGGCGGUAUUCCGCAGGUCACAGCAUAACCACUCAGGGGAUAACCACAUGCUCCUGGAUCGUGUAUUGAGUGACUAUCACCUAUAUUUCGUUCAAAAUCAGGAUGACUAUCUACAGCAAGAGAUGCUAGUUCUACGCGCCCUGAUACUCAAGACUAUAGCGGCCACCAGCGAUAAUCCAAGAGGCGUGUUGCAGAAAGUGUACUACGCAUUACAAUCCAGGUUACCGGGAGGCGGGGCGCUGUUCACUAAAUUCACGUCGUCCAACUUCAACGAAGUUGUUAAAAUAGUGGCAAUCACGGCACUGGGAUACAUAUGCCGCCACUACACGAGGAAUGUCCCGGUUAUUGAUAUUGCGCAGAUGGCACAGCAAGUGUCCAUAAAUCAAGAGGUACUCUACACUCCGACGGAAGAAUCCAAGUUAGUACAACAAUACCUAAUGAGUCUAUAUUCACACGAUGAAGAUCCAGUUGAAGGUAAUGAUGACCAUAAAUGGGCUGAUGCACUACGAUACAUAAUCGCCCCGAUGCUAUACUUUAUGCACUUUGAAGGUGACACUACCGUGCAAAUGGCAAUUGCACGUGCGAUAUUACUUUCGGCCAGGGGCAAUAUCGACGGUAAACUGAAUAAGUCACAUAUCAGGUAUACUAUAGUGUCUCUUAAAAGGAUACUAUACUUCAUGUCGAAGCCCAGUCUAAAGGAAUUUGGGUCGAAUCAGUACCACGAUUCAAGCGCGUGUGAAAACCAAUGUGCGCAUCUGUUUAGGAGCGCUAGCUGGGACCUCAACUUCUCAGACAUCAAGGCAUUCGAACCCGUAAUGAUCAGGGUAGGACAUGAUCCUGCGUCACACUGCUCGAACGUCUCCUUGGCAUACUUCGCUGCACUCUGUAUUGUGUCAGAUAGUUUUACACCCAGCGAUAACGUAAUACCGGCAUUGGAUGUGGUUCUGUCAUUUACUGACUUUUGGCAUCGCCACCUGAAGGAUGGGUCAUUACCAUCUAUACAAGUGGAAGUAAUGGACCUGGCAGCACGAUUCAUGAGCAAUUGCGUUCAAAGCACAGGUUGGCAUGGACUUUCAAAAGUACUAUCCAUGGCAUUGUUCCUGAGUGAUCAAUUUCCCAAUGACCUUGUUAAUAGCAGAGUUUCCCUGGUUACAGAGUUCCUCUCGGAAGUUGAUCUCUCCUAUUUCACCAAGAUGGGAUAUAGUAUCCCACUACUUGAGACAGGUAAAGGAUGUGAUAUCUAUAAUCCACAAGUUUCCAUAGAUGGAGUAUUACCUGAAAAUAAACACCAUACAGAUACCAACCAAUCCGAGGACGACCAUAUCAAAUUUGUUGAGUGCGUGCUUUUGUUGUGGUCACAUCUCUUGAGGCUGGAGCCUGGGAGUACACUUCGACAAUCACUGCAGUGGUGUCUUGAAAGGUUACUAUAUUUCCGCACAUCAUGCCAAGUAGCCGAUGUACCAGUCAAGCGAAACUGCACCCCGAGUGAGAAUUCUUAUCCAAGCACCGUGUCAAUAGGUUAUUCACCCAAUGGUGACACGAGUGUGGCUUUGUCAUCGGAAUCCGGCAUGAACUCAAGUGAUUCUCCCAUCGCGGACUCAGCGGAAAGGAUUGACCUCCUUGUGCCAAAGGAGUCACUAAUGCUUGCUUUGCUAUGCUGCAUGAAAUACCUAUCUGCAUCAAGCUGUAUUUCCACGUCUGUUGCAGAAAUAUUGCAACUUAUACUGGAGCAGCGAUAUGCAGACCUAGACCACGAGCACCUGGAGUCAAUCCUUGCUACGAUAUUCAGUAACUUUGCCACAGCCUUUGAGUCUAGUGAUGUACCAUGUUCUAUGCACAACUUCGUUAUCGACCUGGCGCAAACUGACUUUGAAGUGCUCUGCAACGUUAUAUUCUCGGGAAAGUAUAGUUACUCACACAGCUUCAGGUUAUCUGUAACGGCACUAAUAACACGCAACGCAUGCCUCAUGCUCCAGCUGCUAGAGUUUCUGGAGGAAUGUAUCAUAUCCUCACAUAAACGAAGGGCGAUUUCAAUCUACAAAGUACCCAUGGAUUACAUGGUUGACUUCGUGGAGAGAAUUUAUCUCCGUAGUUCUAGGGAAAUUCAAGUAUCAUCAGAGGGACAGCGUUUCAUUACCACUUUCAUGCUACACUUGUUUCAUCUUAGGGGACAGAAAGGAAACACGCAUCUCGAUAAGGUCGGCCAUCUGUGCCAACAAAUAAUGGCAGCCCAUUAUAAUACUGAGGAGUCAAUCAAUGACACUGGGUCUACAGUUAAUACCAACAGUGCUACUCAACACGAUUCGGAUAGAUUAUCGAUAAAACUGUGCAGAAGUGUUAUUCAAAGAUCCUUGGGGUGCACCAAAUACAUGUUGUCGUUUACAGAAACGUUGCUACAUUACCUGAAAGAAUACGACCCGAAAUUCGUGAAAUCAUGCUUGUCGCUGUUUUGCACAUUGCUACGUGAUGGUGCUUUCACCUGUCACGGCAUACAGGUUCUAGGGAUUAUACAGCGAUUGACAACGAUGAAGGACCUGCAUGAGUUCUAUUAUCAGCUGCUUCACCAUUAUCUUGUCCAGGUGGAUAUCAGAGCAACACCUCUCAAAUUUAGGCAUGAUAACGCCAGCAAUUCAAAGUUUAGACACAGUAUAUCACACAGCUGCUCAGAAGACGACUGCGAGGUGAAUUCUGAGAUGAGCCAUAACACUACCCAUGUGAUGUUGUCGAAGGUCGGUGUCGAUGGUUUGAGAAACCAGGUGUUAAACAGAUCGGUGGUGUCUAUACUAGAUGAUUUAUCAAAAAACCUGCCGGACAAGAUUCUUUACUGGAUGGAAAUGGCAGCAGCAGUUAUAAUAGGGUACAUUACAAAAAAUACGAACAAUAAAGUACAAAACGUUAAAGUACUCAUAGCACGACUGUUAACCUCCCACGAUAUAUUCUGCAGAAGUCGCCCACGCCUGCUCAGAGCAUUUGGAUCAAUGUACAGCGCUAUUAUAACGUGGUUACUGAAGUGCGCGCAGUUGGGCGUACAUAUACCGGCUGAAGUACAGAGAUAUAUGUUGCCUCCACUGGGCGUCGCUAUUUUACAUAAAACGGUAGGGUUGCAGAAUCUGAUACGUGUAAUAUCAAAUUUCAUGAACAAGGGUUAUGCAAAGACGGAUUAUAACAACUGGGUGCAUCCAGUAUUAAUGCGACAUGUCACCCAUACCAAGUCACAGUGGUGUCUUUGUGGAUGCAAUAACCCGAUGUUGCAACAUGGUGUCACAGAACGAUUCUGCAUUGCCAAUGCCUCUUAUUUGCUAGAGCUCUUUUCCAGUUGCUUCCCCGUUAGUACUUCCGAUUGCACGCUGAGCAUUGCAGAUUCACUUGAUUCAGAAAUCACACGUCUACGUAAAGAUGAACACUUGAAACGUACUUCAAAGGUGCUUUUUGGAGUUUCAGACGCAGGGCAGUCGAUGAUGAUAGGGAAGCUAGCUGCAAUGUCCAGCGAGACUUCCUUGGAAGAGCUGAACAACUAUUUUAUGGACCUAAGCGAAGUUUACGGUGGUAUAACUCGAUACAGAAAAUGGCGCGCAAAUCAAUCAACCAUAUUUAACAUACGCAAACUUCGAAUGACCACUGAUAGAGCAGUUAGAACAGCAUCGUUUGAUAAAAUGGAGACAAAACCAUUGAAACGCACUAGUUCAGACGGACCUAAUUUCACAGGAUCAGUGAGGAUAGAUCCCGAUACUAACCAACAAGGUGUCAAAGGUUGCACUUCGCAGGCAUAUGACAACGGUGUUGACCGGGAAAAUGCAGAUUGUGCACCUGCAGACGAAUCAGCCCAGUUGUUGUCAAUGCCUACUAUAGAUGUACAUGACUCUUCAAGAUCGAUGGUCCAUAACAGUGAUGCAAUUUUACAAAGGAGCGCAGGUAGUAAAUAUUUUGACACUAGAGAACGCCUGGGUAUUAUGGGAGCACCUAUAGUAACUCUAACCAGUGAAUUUGGUAGCAAUACAUUCCAAAGCCUGCCUUCAGGAUUGGUAUGUGACGAUGGUAAUAAUGUAGUUGUAGAUGAAAGCUUACGGCACGAUGACACGGGGCAUUCACAGGAUGGUACGCUGGCUAUCCAUGAUGCUUCUAGGCUUCCAAUGGAACAUUCUAUAAGUCAAUGUAGAUAUUUGGAUGACAUGACGAAUUCAUUCAGGACCGAUGUGAAUUCAAACAUGUCAAUUAAUGGUGCUGGAAUAGAUCCUUGUGAUCUGGGAACCAGGUCAAACACCUUGACAAAGGAUAAGAGUUAUCCCAAAGGACGUAAGAAAUCCAUAGGCAAGCAUUUUUCUAAACUGCCAUGCUUCGAUAUCUUUCUGCAACUUGUUUCUAUAGCGGAUUUCGAGUUCCAGAGUGAUGGAAGUAUGAGGCGUAUUAAAGCGUUAAGUGGAGAACGGUUAGAAUCAAAGGAAUUUGGGCAGGAUACUACCGAUGUUACAUUCUUUGAUAUAUCAAGGCUGGAAAUGAUCUGGAACACUACUCUGUAUACAUCGCCACUGGUGUAUAGGCACCUAUUGUUGCAGAAGUAUGCCAACAAACCCCGUCUUUAUUCACGUUUAUUCUCUAGGUCUGAAAAACCACAAUCGCGGUCUGAACCAGUAAAUAUUGCAGCUCCAAAGGUGUCUAGAACUCCUAAGCUUGAACUCUUGAAAAAUGUAGCACCACCUCUUUUGGAGGCGUUGACACCAAAAGGCUCUACGUCUUCUUACAAAUCACAGCAUGACCAUGAGAUACCGGAAUAUGUAAUUGAAAACGCUAUACAAGGUGCUGCAGCUAUAUUGCAGAUGGCAGUACUACACCUCAACAAGGAAGAGGACACUUUGCGGCAGCACGUGCUAGAAAAUUGGCCACGCUGCUUCCUUGAAAUAGCACGAUACAAUGCAAUGAUGCAUUUUGAGGCAUGUGCCAAACUUGCUUCUAAGCAGUUGUGCAUAAUGGCCAAUACAUCAUCAGGCAGAAUCAAGAGAGUCGUGCUGGAAAGCAUGGAACUUUUCGCAAUUAUUCGCUCGAACACACUCCAGUGCGAAUGACACUGAAUGUAGUAAUUUUUGUAUUAUAUAU